UAACAUCCUCCUACUUUUAUUUUUAAUUUUUUAUUACAAAUUGAUUUUUAAAAUUUUCCUAAAUUCUUCAUUUGUCCAAAUUAGAGGCCCUCUGCUUCUGUUCUUUCUGUUCAGUUCAGAUAGAUUUCUCCUCAUUUUCCAUCUUUCUCUCUCUAAACUUCAAUUUUUUUUUCUCUUUCUUUCUGACAAUAGAAAAAGCUUUGGCCUUUAUUGUUGUUGUUCUUUCUUUGAGUUUAACUAUUUAAUGAAGAACUGACAUUGCCAACUGAAUUUGUAAUUUCUCAACAAAAAUGUCUCAGACUAACUGGGAAGCUGAUAAAAUGUUAGAUGUGUAUAUUCAUGAUUAUUUAGUGAAAAGGGAUCUAAAGGCUACUGCACAAGCCUUUCAAACUGAGGGAAAGGUCUCAUCUGAUCCUGUUGCUAUUGAUGCACCUGGUGGAUUUUUGUUUGAGUGGUGGUCCGUCUUCUGGGAUAUAUUUAUUGCCAGAACAAAUGAAAAACACUCCGAGGUAGCUGCUUCAUAUAUUGAGACUCAACUGUUAAGAGCAAGGGAGCAGCAGCAACAUCCUCAGAGCCAGCAACCGCCUAAUAUACAGCAACAACAGCAUUUGCAUAUGCAACAGAUACUGAUGCAGAGGCAUGCACAACAACAGCAGCAACAGCAACAGCAGCCGCAACAACAUCAGCAGCAACAACAACAGCAACAACAGCAGCAGCAACAACAGCAACAGCAGCAGCAGCAGCAGCAGCAGCAGCAGCAGCAGCAGCAGCAGCAGCAGCAGCAGCAGCAGCAGCAGCAGCAGCAGCAGCAGCAGCAGCAGCAGCAGCAGCAGCAGCAACAACAACAACAGCAACAGCAACAGCAGCAGCAGCAGCAGCAGCAGCUACAACAACAACAGCAACAACAAUCCCAAAGAAGAGAUGGUGCUCAUCUCAAUGGCAAUGCUAAUGAGCAUGCAGGAAAUGAUCCUCCUGCUCGACAAAAUUCUGGCACUGCAAAUGCCAUGGCGACCAAAAUGUACGAGGAACAAUUAAAAGUGCCCCAACAAAGGGACUCGUUAGAUGAUACAUCAUUAAAACAGCGAUUUGCUGAUAAUGUAAGCCAACUCAUGGAUCAGAAUCAUGCCACUAUACUGAAAUCAGCUGUUGCUGGCCAGCAUUCAGGGCAAGUUUUGCAUGGUUCAUCUGGUGGUAUGUUUCAGCAGAUGGCAUCUCGUAAUCAGCAGCAGCCGGGGUCUGUAGCAGACAUAAAGACAGAAAUGAAUUCAUGCUUGACUCCUCGAGCUGCUGGACCUGAAGCAUCAUUGCUAGGUAUUCCUGGUUCAAACCAAAGUGGUAAUAAUUUAACAUUGAAAGGAUGGCCACUCACAGGAUUGGAUAAUCUUCGACCUGGGCUUCUCCAGCAGCAGAAAUCGUGUAUGCAAACUUCUCAACCCUUUCACCAACUUCAGAUGUUGUCACCACAGCAUCAGCAACAACUUUUGCUUGCCCAACAGAAUUUGACAUCAGCUUCAGCAAAUGAUAUGGAAAGCAGAAGACUCAGAAUGUUGUUGAAUAACAGAAGUAUGAGUUUUGGGAAGGAGGGAUUUCCAAACUCUGUGGACAUGGUCGCAAACCUCGGAUCACCCUUGCAAGCUGGUUGUCCUGUUGUACCCCGUGGAGAUGCUGAUAUAUUAUUAAAGAUGAAAAUGGCUCAGUUGCAACAUCAUCAUCAGCAGCAACAGCAGCAACAACAAAUUAGUCUCAACCAGCAUCAGUUUCAACAGCUUCAGCAGAAUGGACUUUCUGGUCAACCUUCUCAAGUUUCAAAUCAUGUUCUUCAUCAGCCUGACAAGAUUGGUGGAGCUAGUAGUAUUACCAUGGAUGGUAGCUUAUCCAACUCGUUCCGAGGGAAUGAUCAGGCUUCAAAAAAUCAGAAUGGGAGAAAGAGAAAGCAGCCUCUAUCAUCUUCAGGACCUGCAAAUAGCUCUGGAACUGCAAAUACUGCUGGACCUUCCCCAAGUUCUGCUCCUUCAACCCCCUCAACUCACACAGCUGGAGAUGUGAUGUCAAUGCCAUCCUUCCCUCAUGGCGGCAGCACUUCAAAGCCAGCACUAAUGUUUGGUACUGAUGCAACUGGAAACCUUACAUCACCAUCAAACCAGUUGGUUGAUGUGGAGCGUUUUGUGGAGGAUGGGUCUCUAGAUGACAAUGUAGAGUCAUUCUUAUCGCCUGAUGAUGCAGACCACAGAGACUCAGUUGGCCGUGGCGUGGACAUAACCAAAGGAUUUAUGUUCACAGAAGUAAACUCUGUUCGAGGGAGUACAGGCAAAGUAGUCUGUUGUCACUUUUCGUCAGAUGGAAAACUCCUUGCCACAGGUGGCCAUGAUAUGAAGGCUGUGCUGUGGCAUGCUGAUUCAUUGAAGCCCAAAACUACACUUGAGGAACAUACAAAAUUGAUAACUGAUGUCCGCUUCAGUCCUUCAAUGUCACGCCUGGCAACUUCAUCCUUUGAUAAAUCUGUCAGAGUUUGGGAUGUGGAAAAUCCUGGCUAUUCGCUUCGUAAUUUUAUGGGACAUUCCGCCACUGUCAUGUCUCUAGACUUCCACCCUAAUAAAGAUGAUCUCAUCGGUUCAUGCGAUGGGGAUGGUGAAAUCCGCUAUUGGAGUGUUAACAACGGAAGCUGUGCCAGGGUCUUUAAGGGUGGCAGCACCCAGAUAAGAUUCCAGCCCUGUCAUGGAAGAUAUCUUGCUGCUGCUGCAGAUAAUAUUAUAUCUAUACUUGAUGUGGAGACGCAAGCUUGUCUGCACAGAUUACAGGGGCACACAAAACAGAUUCAUUCUGUUUGCUGGGAUCCCUCUGGUGAAUUCUUGGCUUCUGUCAGUGAGGACUCUGUUAGAGUCUGGAGUCUUGGCUUAGGAAAUGAAGGUGAUUGUGUGCACGAGCUGAGCUGCAAUGGAAACAAGUUUUACUCGUGUGCUUUCCAUCCUACAUACUCUUCUUUACUGGUGAUUGGAUGUUACCAGUCUAUGGAGCUUUGGAACAUGUCAGAGAACAAGACUAUGACCCUAUCAGCACAUGACGGGCUCAUUGCUGCGCUAGCUGUAUCUAGUGUAACAGGUUUGGUGGCUUCUGCUAGUCAUGACAAGUAUGUGAAGCUCUGGAAGUGAGUCAAAUGACUAGUUAUUCUCCCAAAAUUAGUAAGAUUAAUAUUUUGACCCGUAACAGCUCCAUGAAGCUCCGGGCUGUUUUCUGGUAAUUUUGUAACGUAGUUAGGCUUUACCCCUUUGAUGUAAGUUUUAGAGACAACUUUGAACUGAACUUGUUGAUUGGUACUUUUCAUUGGAUGCUUUUGGAAACUAACAUGCAUCAUUUCAUAGUGAAAAAUACUGGAAAUUUAACUGAACUUCCUGCAGAAGCCGUUUUAUAA